AUGAAGUUGAUUCUUUCACUAUUUGGCCUUAUGACUUCUGUUUUGUUAUCCUUUGAUGGCAAGACUUUAGAAGCUGAAGCGGAUCAUGGAACUGUAACUCGUCACUUUCGGCUGCAUCAGAAGGGACAAGAAACCAGCACAAAUAGUAUUGCAUCCAUUUUUGCAUGGACCAGAGGACUAGGACAUAGGGCUGAACUUGAUGAGAACAAGAAUUUAAUGGAUUUUGUUGAGAAACUAGAGAGUGCUUGCAUUGAGACAGUAGAGUCGGGGAAGAUGACCAAGGAUCUUGCACUGUUGAUUCAUGGACCCAAGGUUUGAGCUGAUAAGUUGCGGAAUGGAGCAUUUUGGACAUGAAUGGAAGGAUUUGGGACGCUAGCAUAUGCAUGAGCUGCUAAUCAUGAUUCAAUGAAGGCAGGUAGCGGGUGAGCAUGCAACACCAAAGUCACAAAUCUUAAAGAGCACAAGUCGAAUUGAUGUUCUCAUAUUGAAAGAAGGUGCCCUUGGUGGCAACAAAUGGGAAUUCAGAGAUGGAGGAUUCCGUGUAUUAAAGUAUGGUUGUAAUCUAUGAAGUUGGGAAGUCACUAGUUGUCAUAUCUGAUCUGAUCUGAUAAGAGAAACACCUUUGUAGUGCGAAUUACAGCAAUUAGGCGUUUGUUUGCACAUACAAACCCUUUAAUUACUUUAAUUUGCAGAAAGUGCUUCUUGAGACUUUGUUAGCCAAUGAAUAGUGCAGUGGAAUUCAUUCU